AUGGAAGUUCCCAAUACCAUGUGGGGAUUUCGCUCAUCAUCAACAUUGGCGAACAUAUUUCUCCUUCUCUUAGUUGCCAUAAUCUUUUCAGUAAGCCAUGUUUCAGCUUCUAAACAAUUUAAAAAUGAAACUGAUCGUCUUGCUCUGCUUGAAUUCAAGAAGCAGAUAUACGAUGACCCGCUUGGAGUGCUGAACUCCUGGAACCAUUCACAGCACCAUUGCCAGUGGGAAGGAAUCACAUGUAGUACUCGACAUCAGAGGGUUAUAGCCUUGACUCUAAGGCAUAAGCACUUUUCCGGAAUUAUAUCUCCUCAUGUCGGAAAUAUAAGCUUCAUGAGGCUCAUCCAUCUUGAGGAGAAUCAAUUCCAUGGUGAGAUUCCCCAAGAAUUUGGUCGCCUCUUCAGGCUAAGAGUCUUGAACCUGUCAAAUAACGCACUCGGAGGAAAAAUCCCGGCAAACCUGAGCUACUGCUCAGAGUUGAUAAAUAUUUGCCUACAGAGGAACAAGCUAGAAGGGAAAAUUCCGAUUGAUCAGCUAAGCAGUCUGAAGAAGCUUGAAAGACUUGUUCUUUUUGUAAACAAUUUGACAGGAGAGAUUCCCUCCUCCAUUGGUAACUUAUCAUCGCUGACUCAACUCGCUUUCGAUUUCAACAAUCUGGAGGGAAAUCUGCCCAUGGAGAUGGGGCUCUUAAAAAGGUUUGCUGGGUUAGGAGCUGCAGAAAAUCAUGGGAUUAUUCCAAGAGAUUUUGGCAAGUUACCAAAUUUGCAAGGAUUGCAUCUAGACUAUAAUGACUUGUCAGGACAGUUAGUCUCUACCCUAUGCAACAACACCAAUCUAUUCUAUCUGGACUUAUCAUUUAACCAGUUUGAAGGGGGCAAUAUAUUUGACAAUGUUCUUAUGAACUGUCAAAAUUUGCAAUAUCUGGAUAUAUCUCACAACAACUUCACUGGAAUUAUAUCACCACAUUUUCUGCAGAUGCACUCAUCACUGAUGUACAUCAAAAUAGAUGAAAAUUCUUUCACUGGUUCUCUGCCUCCUGAAGUUGGAAAGCUUGUACAUUUGGUGAAUUUCUCGGUUUCCCACAACCAAUUUGCUGGCGAUAUACCCAUCUCACUUGCUGAUUGUUCAGAUCUGGAGAAUCUUUUUAUGGAAGCCAAUUUUUUCCAAGGAACAAUUCCACCAAAUUUGGCUUCUUGGAAGAGCAUCCAGCAAUUAGACCUUUCAAGUAAUAACUUGACCGGUCCAAUACCAAAAGAACUUGAGAAGCUUCACUCUUUGAGCCACUUAAAUCUUUCCUACAACGACAUCGAGGGCGAGAUACCAAACACUGGAAUUUUCGGUAAUGCAAGUCAAAUAUCAUUGACUGGCAACAAAAAACUCUGUGGAGGCAUUCCAGAAUUGGAGUUCCCACCUUGCCCAGUGAUUAAGGGGAAAAACAGAGGAAAGCUGAAGGUUAUCAUAUUGUUGUCCAUUGUGUUACCGGCAACGCUUCUGGUUCUUGGUGCAGUGUUGUUAUAUCUCUUGGUAUAUCGAAAAAGAGAAAGAAGAAUGGUGGCAGGAUUCUCUAGCAUGCCCGCAAGAAUCGAUGAGCUCUUACGGCUUUCUUACCAUGAACUUCAUCGUGCAACUUCAGGAUUUUCUCCAGAAAACUUAAUUGGUUCAGGACAUUUUGGAGCUGUCUACAAAGGCACACUAGAAAAACAUGGCAAUAAGCUUGUAGCAGUCAAAGUUCUUGAUCUUCGAAAGAAUGGGGCUUCCAAAAGUUUUAAGGCCGAGUGCCAAGCAUUAAGAAAUAUUCGCCAUAGAAACCUCCUCUCGAUUGUGAGUUAUUGCUCCAGUAUUGAUUCCAAGGAUGAUGAAUUCAAAGCUCUAGUCUAUGAGUUGAUGGAAAAUGGAAAUCUGGACCUGUGGCUGCAUCCUUCAGAGACAACUGACCAGGCAACAAGCUCAAGAAGUCUUAAUCUUCUUCAGAAGCUAAAUAUUGCAAUUGAUGUGGCUUCAGCAUUGCAAUAUCUUCACGACCACUGCGAAGCUGAGAUUGUUCACUGUGAUCUAAAACCAAGUAACAUUCUUCUUGACAAUGAUCUUGUUGCUCGUGUGGGUGAUUUUGGAUUGGCAAGGCUUCUCCCGAAACCCGUCAACAGAUCUUCCGAGCAAGAAGGCAGCAGUACUAUUGCUAUAAAAGCAACAAUCGGCUACGCAGCCCCAGAGAUGAUUACAAGAAGGAGGCCAACAGAUGAUAUAUUCAUGGGUGACCUUGAUCUACAUAACUAUGUUAAUAGGGCUUUGCAUGAACGAGUUCCUGAGAUCGUGGAUCCAUUGCUUCUUUCUGAAGGAAGAGAUGAAAACAGUAGAAUUACUCAUGGAGAGGAAACUAUUAAUGGUGGAAGAGAGAUUGAUUGCAUUAUUUCGCUGCUGAAAAUUGGACUCAAGUGCUCUGCAAGAUUACCAAACGACAGGAUGCAUAUGAAUGAAGUUGUCAGAAAAUUACAUCUCAUUAAGGAUGUUUUCCUAGGUUUCAGGCUGCUUACUAGUCUGAAUCUCCAAGCUGAAGUUGUUAAUGGGGUGAGCUAA